AUGUACAAUUGGCGGAAUUAUCCUUUAUUCUUCAUCAUCGAGGCCUACGAUUCCAGUAUAAGAUCCCCGCACGUGCUGCUGUGCGGCCACACUUUCUGCAAGCACUGCGUGCUCAUCCUCCCUAUAGCCGUCUUCAAUAAGCUGCCAUCGCUGCAGAUCCAGCUGCCAUGGCUCGUGGAUUGUCCGCUGUGCCACUGGGUGACUCCUAGGCUCGUCGUUGAGGGGAAUCUGCAGUACCCUUUCAAGAACUUCUCCCUGCUGUGGCUUCUAGAGGCUUCCAGGCUCGCUCUCCCUCGAGGCGUCAGCUCACCCACCUCUGCUGCCAGCGCCACCGCGAGCGUACUGGGAGGGCAGGCGUUGGGGACUCGGUCCUCUGGUGGACAGACCCUCUGGUGGGUGCUGCCCCGCGUGCUGCUGGAGCAAUGGCGCCCAGGCGGAUCCCCUGCAGCAGCAGCUGGUGCUGCUGCUGCUGCCGCUGCUGCUGUGGCUGUGCAGGCGUUGCAGCAGCAUCAGCAGGAGCAGGGGCAGGCACAGCAGGAGUGGGUGGAAGGGGGACACAUCCCCCACCACUACCUGUAUCAGUUGCAACAGCAGCAGCAGCAGGAGCAACAGCAGUGGCAGUGGCAGGGGCAGGGGCAGGGGCAGAGACCAGGAGCAGGGUUCCACCAUCUGUUGUAUUCUAGCAGGCAGCAGCUGGCUCUCUGGCUGCUGCAGCGGGCGAUCCAAUGGUUCCCGUUCAUUCGCACGGGGAUCAACGGUGCAGCGUUCUACUUGGGCCGGCUGCGGCAGCUGUGCACGCGGUUACCGUUUCUGGGGGUGCUGGCGGUGGUGAGCUUUGUGAUUGUGCCCUGGUGCUCCCUCGCUCUGCUCUGCUACCUGGCGGUGUUUCUCUUUGUGGCCGUGCCUGCUGCCGUGUGCCUUGUGCUGUCCAUUUACUGGUCCGAGACGCUCCUGCGGAGACUGACCGGCAUGCCCUGA